AUGCCGUAUGCAAAUAAAAGAAAAGCGAAUAUUGAAAAACUGUUAAAACAAGAAGCGAGUAAAUGCAAAAAGGUAUCGGAUUUCUUCACAAAGAACGAAAAUGCAAGAACAUUGUCAUCGACAUCGUGCGAUACAAACGUUGAGAAGAAGUCAGAACAAUUAUUAAAUAUGGCGCCAAUUGAAGUGGAAAGCGAAGUACAAGGCACUGCAGCUACUGGAGGCACUGACCAAGGAGAACCUCGUAAAGACAAUGAACUGAAUGAAGUGGAUUUUGAUAUUCGAAAUUCAGAUAGGGAAGGUAAUGUUCAAUUUGUUCAUAUACGGGCUCCUUCGAAUAAUAUUCCAAGCAAUACUACACCUUCGACCUUAUCGUCAACAAGCUCUGCAAAUAUAAACAGCAUUACUUUGGUUACAACAAGUGACGUUGGUUUGCCAAUAAGCACAGCAAACACAUUGUCAACGCAAAUGACUACUGAAACCACUACUGAGUAUUACAGAGGCUACCCAUUAAACCUAAAAGCACUUCUAGGAAAAUUUGGAGAUGGUGUACUAUCUCAAUAUUAUGAACGAAGUAGAGUUUCAACGCAGAAUCGCCAGAAAGCGAGGGUUUUUGUCAAGUGUUGCAUCUGUGGUGAAUUCGAAGAGGAAGCAAAGCGCUUUUCAGCUAAUGGUAGAGUGUACAUGGCACAAGGUGUGCGUUGUGAUGGGAAGAAAAAGAUACAAGAUGUAAUUGAUCAUCUACUGGGGCCUUCACAUAGAGCAGCUCAAGAAAAGAAACAGCUAUCGAAGUUGUGGAAUGCCAAAGACAAACGUCACCCAUUUAUUAACUUGGCAACAAAAAGUGAUCCAACAGUUUUGAAGACCUUGACUGAAAUGGCAGUAGAGGUCUAUAAUGACAGUAAAUCUUUGACUUUAGCUGCCUGGUCAUGGCCAGGUAGAUCUAUUGCUAAUUUACAUGCACAACAACAGUUUAGGUCUUUAACUGACAGUGACAACGUACAAAGUUUUACCCCGUUUAAACCAAGUGGAGAGGAACUUCAUUAUAGGGAUCCAAUGCAUUAUGCAGAAAUGUUGGAGAUAAUAGGAGAUACAGAGAGAAAGCACCUUAGAGAAGAACUCCAGAACUGUAUUUGUUUUGCUGCACAAAUGGAUGGUUCUGUCGAUGCUAGGCAACAAGAUAAGAAAUUUAUAUUUGUUCGAUUCAAUACACCCGAGGACCCUCUUUCUAUUAAGACAAGAUUUGCAAGUGCAAGGGAAAGUACCAAGCGUGGUGCUGAAGGUUUGUGUUCUGCCAUGACAAACUGUUUUGAUGACAUGGGCCUUUCUAAAGAAUGUUUGUAG